AUGGAAAACUAGCAAUUGGAGGUAUAAGAGGUUCAGCAACUCUCAAGCCCCCUUAAAACUUCAAUAAGAGAUAGAGAUAAUUUAAACUAAUAACAGGCAACCUUAAAUUAACCCGAAGAUAGAAUUAAGGUUGAUAUAAAAUUUAGCGCAGUUUCAAGGCCUGUAAACUAAUUAUCUCAUGGUACAGUUCCUAAGCCAGAGCCAAAGCCUGGUAAAGGUAUUAGCGUUUCUAAAAAGAUUACUAAGCAGUAAAGUUUGUCCCAGCAAAUAUGUCUGUACAUUAUGCUCUAUGAUGAAUCUUCAUUUAUUAUGGUGAUUGGUAAAAUACUUAAAAACGAAAAAAUGUAUAAUUAAUUAUGCAGUGAAUUUGAAAGUGGAACUUAAGCUGAUACAUGCUUUCAUAUGGCUACGCUAACCUUUAUGAAGCAUCCAUUCUUCCUCGAAUACUUACUAAAUACUGACAUCCCUAUGAAUCACUUCAAUAAUGACGGUUUAUUGCCUUGGUUUCUGCUAUGCCAUUAUCAUGAUGACCGAGAAUUCGAAAAAUUAUUUAACCUAUUUAUGAAGCAUAGACCUUCAGAAAUGAACUUAAAUAUAGUGAGUCCAAAAGGAAAAUGCAAAAAUAAGACACUAUAUCACAUUGUGAUGGCUAAAUGCCCUACUCUUCACAAAUUGAAAAUGUUUAUUGAUUACGAGUAUGAUUUUAAAACUGAUUAUGAAUUGCUUUUCAAGACAAUAGAUAUGAUCAAUAAUUGUAACUAUAAUGAAUGUGGGUAUGAGGAAAGAGAAAAAAUAGUAGAAACUCUAUAUAAUGUUACUGAGGCAUAAAGAAAAUUAGAAUUUGUAAAAAUAAUUGAAUCAUCAAAAAAUAUAAUGAACACAAACCCUAGUAACAGGAUACCUUAGGGAUUGAAAAUGCUUGCUAGUUUAACUGAUGGAAAACUAAGAGAAAUUGCUAAAUAUAUUUGA